AUGGAUAUCCCAUUGGCCCACUCAAAGAUAAUAUCUGAAAAGAAAAUCAGCCAGAAAGAGACUCCUAAGAAAAACAACUCAGCCAAGAAAAGAAAACUUAGAACUAACUACGGGCAUUACCAGAUGGGAAGAGUAGGAAGGAAUCAAGCUGGAGAUAACUUAAAAUAAUCAGAAAAAGUAUAUGAAAGAGGGAAAAUAUGGGACUCUUGAGAUUCAGAAAGACCGAAGAACCCAUCUUUCAACAACUGGAUUUUUGAAAAACGAAAGAGGGAAUCGUGACCUUUCAAUAUUCUUAAGCAACACUUCUAAUCUGAAUGGAAUCAAUAAACAAAAGCAAAAAGGAAAAAGUUUGAAGACUAGUAAUUACAUGACUAAUCAAAAAAAUCAAACCGAUUUGACUCAGAAACAAAAACAGAAUAACAAAUUUGCUAAUACUCAAACCUAUAAUACCUUAGAGAGGAAGUUCAAGAAGUUAAAGAAUUUUACUUCAAUGGAUAACUUGUUACACUCUCAUAAUCCAAGAUCAACUAAAGAAACAGUUACUCGGAAGAAUUACAAGUUUUCAAUUAAAGACUUCAGGAAUAAAUUAAAUGCCAGAGAAAAUAAGAGCAAGGAACCUUCUACAGCUAGAAAUCCAGAAAAUAUCCACUCAAACAAUACUUCCAAAUUUGGAAAGAAUAAGGAUAAGAAAUAUUCAAAGUAUAUCAGAUUUGGAAGUCAAAAUUUUAAACCAAAAGGACUACCAACUACAAUUAAUGGGAUUAAUGCAAGCAAGGCAAAACUUAAAUCAACCCCUGAUCUCCGAAAGAGAGGCAAAAGAAGAGUUAAAAUGGGCAAGUUAGAACCUAAAGUGCUAAACUCGGUUGAUGAAAUCCAGCUAAAUAGUGCAAAAUAUCACAGAGGAAAAUCAUCAGAAAGUACACUGAAUAAAAAUAGUAAAAUUGGAGGCAACAAAGGGCUAGUAUUCUCAAGACUUUAUAACAAAACCACAAAGAGCUUGAAGUCUGCCAGAAGAGAUAAUAGCGCGACUUGUUUCUAUGAAAAGAACUUACGGAGUGACAUUAGAUAUGAGCUAAAAACUGACAGAUCGAAUAAGAACAGUAAAGCUAAAAAGCUAACACUCCAUCGUUCACACCAGAAUUUUCUGGACCAUAUGAAUAAAUUAGAGGGCCAGAAAAAUCAAAGAAUGCUACAGCUUAUGAUUGAUAAAGAGAGGAAAGAAAUCUCUCAGAUGAGGAAGGAAAUUGGCCAUAAGAAGAAAAGAUCAAGGACGAAAAGUAGUGAUAAUAACUCAAAUACAAGUAUCCAUGAUAAACUCUAUGAUGAAAGUAAGAAGAAGAUGAUCAAAGUCAAAGAGUGUAAGCAAAAACAUAAAUUUGAUGAUCUCUAUUAUUUAAGCACAGAAAGAGACAAUCGUAAGAAGUUGUUCGUCCCUGUAAUCAAUAAUCGCUCUAAAAAGAUAAAUUCUAAAAAGUCAAAGGAGAGGAAAAACCUUGAGUGAGUUGAAGAUUUAUACAAAGAUGCAAUAAAAUAGAGCAGAGAAUAGGAACCAAUUAGUUCAAGAAGAAGUUUAUCAUAAAACAAGCAAGACUCACCAGAUGCUUGGGAGGUCUAGAAAAAUAUUAAUCGGAAACUUUUCCAGAAAGUUCAAUGAAGUUAUGGAUAGUCUCGAAAUUCCUAAUAAGAAGGAUGCUGAAGUGCAAUAUGAUCAAUACCUUAUUGCUUUAAAACAUAUUGUUUUCAUGAAUUAUUCUGAUGAAUCAAAAAUAUCCGAAAGUGAGGAAGUCUUUGAAGGGUGGAAGACAAUGAACGGAGAUACUAAAGGAUUUGUCCUAAGAAGCGAUCUCAAAAUGUUCCUUCUCAAGGCCCUUGAUUUAAAUAAAAAAGAAUCUUCUUCAGUCCAAAGUACAAAAGAUAGUAAGAAAAAGAAAGAAGAAAAACAAAGUGAUAAGGCUUCUACUGUUCAACAUUCCAAGAUAGAUUUACUUAAAGACCAUGAGAGUGAAGUCAGGCUAGAUCCGAACGAUAGUUAUUUAAACAGUGAGCAUAUUCAAGACCUCUACAGAAAUAUAAAAUACUCCAAGCCAGGCUCUUCAAAUAAAGUCAAUUCCAAAGUGAAGAAUUUCUUUUCUUUGAAAUUAAAGGAAAACAGAGAGAAGGCUAGAAAUGACCGGAAUAAAAGAAAAGAUCAAAUUAUACUCUCAAAUAUAAGCAGCAUCAGUAAAGAAUUAGGAGAAUCUAUUUACCAUAAUCUCGAAAAGGAAAUGCAUAACUCUCAGUUGAGUCAUUCCCAGAACUCAACUUGAAGAGCAGUUGAUCUUCUAAUUUACCGAGGAGAAAAAUAUAAAGAAAAUCGUUUGAAGAUGAAACAACAAGUGAGUCAGAAAGAAUAUACAGAAUGUACUUUCAAACCUGAAAUUAAUCCUAAAUCUAAGAUUAUUAGCGAGAGAGGCCAUGAAAGUAUAGCAAACAAUCGCCAGGAAAGAAAAAAUUUGAUGAGUCAAGAAAUAGAGAAAAUUAUUGGACUGAAUCGAACUCCAAGACAACAAAAUGAUCAACAGUCAUCUAAUUUUGGAAACCCUGAACCUGAAAGAUCAGAUGUUAUUCAAGAAAAGGCGAACAUGUCAAUAAAAAUCGUAAAUAUUCUUCAUGAAGAUUCUCCUGAAAGCAGAGAUUCUUCAAGUCUUAUAAAAGAAGAACCAACAUUAAAUGAAGAAGAUAAAGAAUUGGUGGAAGAAACCUCUAAGGAAGCACCUGAAAACCAAAUGAAAACCAAUGGAAGUUCGAACAAAGAAGGAAGUAACCCAUUAAAGGAGUAUAUUGUUGAUAAACAAGACUCGAGAUGUGAUACAGAUGAGUCAGACCCAAAAUCUUUGUCAAAAUAUCUUCAGAACAAGCUUUAUAUUACAACAGAUUCAUCCAUUGAUAACUCUAGAGGGAUAACUCCUUCACCUCCUCUCGAUCAAGAAAAAGAUAAAAUCAAAAUUGUGGAAGAAGAAGUAAUCCAAAAGCAUUCCUUUGAUGAUAAGAUUGAACCGGGAGGUGGUAGCGAUACAGAUGAAGAACGAUUCCCCAUCCUUUUCUUGGAUGUCAAUCUCGGAGGAGGAAAAGUCAAAAGAUUAAUCAUUUAUGAUGGAGAUGAUGCAAUGCAAAUAGCUUCUAUUUUCUGCAAAGAUCAUGGCCUUAGUGAAAAUAAGGAACGGAAGCUCAAGAAUGUCAUUCAGAAGCAAAUGGCGGGAGUACUUACCAAGAUCAAGGAAGAGGAAAGUGAUUAUUAAUU